AUGAACGAACAACACAAUGUCAAUGAGGAAAAAGAGAAAUUUCCUCUUGAAGAGAUCAAACAAGGUUUAAAAAGCAAGGGGUUUCAAUAUGUUAUGCCUGUUGGUAACGGAAGCGAUGGUCGAGUUGUUCAAGCCAAGAAAUUCGAUGAAAAAGAGAAAAUUGAGUACGCCAUCAAGAUUCUUCUUGAUACUAUGAAUGAUGAAAAGGCGAAAUACAGGAAACGAGAAUUGUACGCUCUCAAAGCAAAUAAAGAUUCUCAUCAGAAUAUUGUCAAAUAUUACGAAUAUUGGAACACCUCACUAAAUAAACGUCAAUUUCUGUUUAUUCAAAUGGAGCUCUGUCGACUUAACUUGGAAGCGUUCGUCUAUAAGAACGAGAUGGGUAAUGCAGAAAUUAUCAAAGCUCAAGGUCCGCCACGAUUUUAUCAACACGCUUUUCCGCAGCUUUUGAAAGGUCUAUAUUUUAUCCACGAAACAAUGGGAUGGGUACAUCGCGAUCUUCACCCCAGUAAUAUUCUCAUAGCAAAUCCAAAUCCACAACGAAUCAGUGACAUUGUUGUCAAGAUCGCUGAUUUUGGUCGUGCCAGGGAAAUUCGUUCGAUAUUCGACGCAUCUGCAUCACUCACUGAUGCCUCGAAACUGGAAAAGCUAUCUACUGAAGUAGGGAAUAAACUAUUCAGAGCGCCUGAACUGAAUACUCAAGAUUAUGAUUACAAAGUAGAUUUAUACAGCGCAGGAAUCGUACUGUACUUUCUCAGCUGUUACCUUGAAGAUAAAGAGCAAUGGAAAAACGAGAUUAAGGCAUUUAGAAAUGGGGAACGUCGUUCUGAAGAUUUGUUCCACCAAGACGACAAGCAUCUAGUCAGCCUGAUACAGUCGCUUUUACAAGAGAAAGAAAAACGUCCGACCGCCGAAGAAGCCUUAAAGACUGCCAACAAACUUGGCGAAACCAAGGAACCUGUAGAAUCCCAGAUACUUGUUGAAUCCAAGAAACCUGUUGAAUACACAAACACGGGCAGUCGUGCACCCCAAGUUUUCGUGAAGAAAGAUGGUGAAACAGCCGCGUAUCGAUUCCCGAGAAAAGAGUAUACCUUGUCUAGUUUAAAAGCAGAAGUGGAGAAGUGCACUGGUGUCAAAGCCGAGUCUCAAUUACUACGUCAAAGUACAACUAUGCCUGAAGCAAAACUAGUUAACAUAAUACCAGACGAAAUUUUUCAAAACAUUUUUGACAGUGCCAGUAUAGGAGGAAAACCAAUCCACAUCAAUGUUUCAGACUCCACAUAUACUGUCAAUCGUGAAGAGAAGAGAUUUCGGGUAAAAAAAGAAGGCGAGUUGGUCUGGAAACGAUGCUCAACGAAAGACUACACCUUAUCCAGUUUACAAGCAGGAAUAGAGAGUUGCAUUGGCGUUAAAGCCAAGUCUCAAUUAAUAAGUCAACAGACAUCAAUAGGACUGACUGCCAUAAAUUCUGACAGUGAUGUUCAAAGCCUGUUUACCAGUCCCAGUAACGAAAAAGGACAGCCAAUCUGCGUCAUCGUUUCAGACUCCAAUCGUAAAGAGAAGAAAUUCCGAGUAAAAAAAGAAGGCGAGUUGGAUUGGAAUCGAUGCUCAACGAAAUAUGAUACGUUAUCCAGUUUACAAGCAGAAAUACAGAAUUGUAUUAACAUCAAACCAGAGUUACAGGUAUUAAAACAACAGACAACAAUAUACGGCAAAGAUCGAGAGAUUGGCAUAACGUCUGAUGGAGAUGUCAAAAGUAUAUUUGAAGCAGGGGAUCUAGUUGAUAUCAUUGUUUCGAAAAAAUUAUCACCAAACAAGCUCCCCGCAAACCUUGGUAACCGUGAAGCGAAUAACUUCUUAUUAACAAAAAUCGACAAUUUGUGGGAUUCGGAACUAUGUUCGAUAGAAGACGAUACCUUAUCAAGUUUGAAAGCAAAAAUAGAGAGUUGCACUGGCGUUAAAGCCCAUUUACAAAUACUAUAUCAGGAGACAACUAUAAAUAAGAGACCUUGUCGGAUUGCCAUAACGUGUGAUGAUUAUGUUAAAAAGAUGUUUAAGGCUGCCGAGAAAGUUGAUAUCAUUCUUUCACAAAAUCAGUUACCACAAAGCGAGCUCAUGUUUUUUAUAAAGAAAGCUGGUGAAGCGGCCUUGGAGCGGUGCUUGAUCAAAACCGAUGCCUUAAACUUAUCGAGUUUAAAAGAAGCAAUAGAGAGCUGCAUCGAAGUCAAAACCGAUUCACAAGUACUAUGUUACAAGACAGUUUUAAGUGGUGAAAUUCAAGAAAUUAAUAUAAAAUCUGAUCAACUUGUUCAAUGCAUGUUUCUUGAGAGUACUGAGCCCAUUGUUGUCACUGUUUCACAAAAAAAUGAUGCGAGCCUGGACAUGUAUCAGUAA